UGACAUAUAAAAUGCCCUAAGGCGUUGCUUCAAUAAUCCAUUCUGCCUUUCAUCGAUCAAAUUCUCCUCUUCACCUACCCUCCCCUCUCCGUGUGUUUCUCUCUUUCUUCCUCUGCGUUCUCAUGGCCUCCAUUUCCAAGCUUCCGAGCUCUGCUUUCGCUUCUUCUUCGUCCUCUCGCAGCUUCAGAUCGUCCGAACCGAGAGCUCUGGUUGGUUUCUCCACCGCAUCCACCGUUAGCAAAGGAUUCUCGUCCUUCAAGCUAUCAAUUCGAAGAAAUCAUGUUGACAACCGCUGCUUGAUUGUUAGAUGCUCCCAAGUUGAUGGCAAUGGGGCCCAAGCCAAGAGAACCGUUCUUCAUGAUCUGUACGAGAAGGAAGGGCAGAGUCCUUGGUACGAUAAUCUCUGCCGCCCUGUCACAGAUUUGCUGCCUCUGAUUGCAAGUGGGGUUAGAGGAGUCACCAGCAAUCCAGCGAUCUUCCAGAAGGCGAUAUCAUCAUCAAGCGCUUACAAUGAGCAGUUCAGUGAACUUGUUAAAGCUGGAAAAGACAUUGAAGCUGCAUAUUGGGAACUUGUGAUCAAGGACAUUCAAGAUGCAUGCAAGCUCUUUGAACCAAUCUAUGAUCAAACAAAUGCAGCUGAUGGCUAUGUGUCUGUUGAAGUUUCUCCAAUGCUAGCUGAUGAUAUGCAAGGGACUGUAGAGGCUGCAAAAUGGCUUCAUAAGGUGGUUGACCGUCGCAAUGUGUACAUAAAAAUCCCUGCUACUGCAGCAUGCGUCCCUUCUAUCAAGGAAGUUAUUUCACUUGGCAUCAGUGUCAAUGUAACUCUCAUAUUCUCCCUUGCUAGAUAUGAAGCAGUAAUUGAUGCUUAUUUGGAUGGGCUAGAGUCUUCUGGGUUGAGUGACCUCUCCAAAGUUACGAGUGUUGCUUCGUUCUUUGUUAGUCGGGUAGACACCCUUGUUGACAAGAUGCUGGAGAAGAAUGGAACCCCUGAGGCUCUUAAUCUCCGAGGGAAGGCUGCAGUAGCUCAGGCAGUAUUGGCAUACCAGCUCUACCAGAAGAAAUUCUCUGGUCCACGAUGGGAGGCUCUACUGAAGAAAGGUGCCAAGAAGCAGAGGCUGCUUUGGGCCUCAACCAGUGUCAAGAAUCCAGCCUAUCUUGAUACCCUAUACGUUGCUCCUCUCAUUGGACCAGACACUGUCUCAACCAUGCCUGACCAAGCAAUCCAAGCAUUUAUCGACCAUGGUACUGUCUCGAGGACAAUUGACUCCAACAUAUCAGAGGCUGACGGCAUCUACAAUGCACUUGAGAAAUUUGGAAUUGACUGGAACGAGGUUGGGAACCUACUUGAAAUUGAAGGUGUAGAUGUUUUCAAGAAGAGCUUCGUGAGCCUGCUUGGUACCUUGCAAGAGAAGAAGAACACCCUUAAGUUGGUCUCAAAGUAAAAGCCGAGUUGGCUUCGUCAUUGUCAGCUAGACUUCCGCUUUCUGCAAAAAAUUUUUUGGGGGGUGGGUGGGGGUAUCAGAAAGACUUGAAAUAAAUAUGGUUUGAUUUACUUAUAUUGUAGAUAGUCUGGAACCGUUUAAGGGUUUACUUUUGUUUGAUCGAGAGAGUAAAGUAAUGUUAGUUUUCCGGAUCCGGCUGAGACUGGUGGGAGCUGUAUGGAAGGCACUUUAAUGGUUGCAUUGUGAAGUGAUGAGUGCUUUACCAAACCAUGAAGUCCAUGCCAGAUGCAGCCCCACAAAGUACUGCAGGCUUUGUAUUCUUUCCCUUGAAAAGGCUUUGUUUGUUUUCAUGAGAAACAAAUGAUACCGUAAUAAAGUUCUAUAGUGGUGAUCACCUAUUUCAUGC